AUGAAGUGGCUAAUUCUUGCUCUAGUGUGCCUUCACCUCAGUAAUGCUAUCGUCAAAGUACCCUUAAAAAGAUUCAAGUCUAUGCGGGAACUGAUGAAAGAAAAAGGUGUCAAUGGACCUCUCCUAUACAAGUAUUAUGAUCCAGCCAGCAAAUAUACCAACAGUUUUGCCACUGCUGAUGAGCCACUUGCUAACUACAUGGAUCUGACCUAUUAUGGACAGAUCAGUAUUGGAACUCCACCUCAGAACUUCAUGGUUCUCUUUGACACUGGGUCGUCCAAUCUCUGGGUGCCAUCCGUCUAUUGCCAAAGUCAGCCUUGCAACAACCAUCCAUUAUUUAAUCCCAGCCAGUCUUCUACUUAUUCCAGCAAUGGACAAACUUUCUCUAUGCAGUAUGGAAGUGGUAGUCUCACUGGGGUCUUUGGCUAUGAUACUGUAACGAUCCAAGGCAUUCCUAUUACCAAUCAAGAAUUUGGCCUAAGUGAAACUGAGCCUGGCACUGCUUUUCUCUAUUCAAAAUUUGAUGGCAUCCUGGGUCUGGCCUAUCCCUCCCUUUCCGCCGGUGGUGCCACCACUGUAAUGCAGGGAAUGAUCCAGGAGAAUCUGCUUGAUGCUCCUGUUUUCAGCUUUUACCUGAGUCGGCAGCCAAGUUUCCAGAAUGGUGGUGCACUUAUACUUGGAGGAGUCGAUUCCAGUCUCUACACUGGUCAGAUUUAUUGGAGUCCAGUUACCCAAGACUUAUAUUGGCAAAUUGCGAUUGAAGGAUUCUUGGUUAACAACCAGGUCAGCAAUUGGUGCAGCCAGGGGUGUCAGGCGAUUGUGGAUACCGGAACAUCCCUACUCACUGUUCCUGGGCAGUUCUUUGACCAGCUGAUGGAGAGACUUGGAGCCCAGCAGAACAACUAUGGCGAGUUUGUGGUUAACUGCAAUAACCUUCAGUCCAUGCCGACCAUCACAUUUGCCAUCAAUGGAGUUUAUUUCCCCCUGACUCCAGCUAACUAUGUCCUUCAGUAUUCUGGAGACUAUUGCCGGAUUGCCAUUAUGCCUACUUAUCUGCCAUCCCAGAAUGGGCAACCUCUGUGGAUCCUUGGUGAUGUCUUCCUCAGGCCCUACUACUCUGUGUAUGACUUGGGCAACAACCGGGUUGGCUUUGCAGCAGCAGCAUAAACAUAUCCAACAGUCUUGUGCAGGGCUUUUCAUCUGCAAAAAUCUUCCACUAAAAGUGAUAAUAAAUCAAAGUUGG